CCAGCAGCAACGGACCCUGCGGAGAUCGAGUCCUUUGAGAUGGCCGCGGAGGAUUCAGACUGCCGCCGUUGGCGCAUCUACGUCAUUGGUCAUGUUGUCAACGCGGCACACCACAACUUGGAUGUUUGCACUUGACCAUGGCGAUCUUCUCGGGUACUGCUGUGUUACAUGCUUUCCCAUAAGACAUGCUUCCACCGCUCUUCGCUUUGAUUAUAUUGUGACAGCAUGAACGACCCAGGCCUCGACAAAUCUGCGUCUCAAGCGGCGGAAGAUGUUGAAGCAAACAACACGCAAUAUGACCAGGACAGGGAGCAGGCUGAGGAAGAGGAACAAGAGUUUCUGAAACCAGGUCGCUGGUGGUUCGCAUCUACAGCAUGUCCACUCAUAGCCGGUACCUUUGGGCCUAUGGCAAAUGCGUUUAGCAUCUGCGCACUUCCUGAAAAGUGGAGAGUCUACAUUCCACCAGGAAGCGACGAAGGGCACGGUUUCACAGUCGAAGAUCCGAAAUGGUUGAUCGCCAUCAACUCCGUCUCACUGGUCUUCGCCCUUAUCGCGAACAUGUUUUUGCUGCUCAAUAUGGCAAGAAGGGUGUCGUUUGCCAUUGCACAGCCGAUCACCCUGGUCGGGUUCUACACGGCAUCUUUCCUUCUAAUGGCCCUCGUUGGGGUGGCAUCUUCCUCGGUUUUUCGUGUUGAGCCUAGAGAAGAGCAUGCUCUGAGCCAGGCCUACUACUACGGAAUGAUAGCAUCUGGGCUGUACUUCAUCAUCGCCUCGCUGAUGCUGCUUACGAUAUGUGGUGCAUACAAAGGCCGCUAUCCAAAGGACUUCAGACUGUCUCCAAGUCAGAGGACAUUGAUGUUGCAGACCAUAGGAUUUAUGUUCUACCUGCUCCUUGGAGCUUUGAUGUUUGCAGAAGUUGAAGGAUGGAACUUCUUAGAUGGAGUCUUCUACGCAGACUUUACGCUAUUGACCGUCGGCAUCGGCGGUGAGUUUGUCCCUACGACCCACACGGCCCGCUCGUUACUGUUCCCUUACGCCAUCGGUGGACUCGUCACUGUCGGUCUGGUUAUCGGAUCUAUACGAUCGUUGAUCCUUGAGCAUGGAAAGCAGAAGAUGGCAGCUCGUUUCACUGAGAUCAAGAGGGAGAAGGUCCUAGCUUCAUACAACGAAAAGACGGGAACGAUCAAAUUGGGCUGGUUCUCGAAGAUGGAGUACUUCAAGAAGGAGCUGCCUGAAUCUCAAAAGAGGGAACAGGAGUUCCGUGUCAUGCGAAGAAUCCAGGAGAUCUCCGAACGAAAUCGACGAUACACUUCGCUUGCUAUCUCAACCACAGCAGCCCUCCUUUUGUGGUUCCUUGGUGCUUUGGUCUUUAUGUUCGCCGAGAAGCCACAAGGCUGGACCUACUUCUCGGCCAUGUACUUUGCCUACACUUCGCUGCUGACAAUCGGCUAUGGCGAUCUUGUUCCACAGUCAAACGCAGGGAAAGCGUUUUUCGUUUUCUGGAGUCUCUUGGCCGUACCAACACUGACCAUCCUCAUCAGCAACAUGGGUGAUACCAUUAUCAAGGAGUUCAAAGACUUCACCAUAUGGCUUGGGUCUCUGACGCUCCUGCCAGAUGAAGAAGGUCUCGCGUCCACACUCAAGAUCGGCGCAAAGAGGAUGAGAAAGAUUUACAAGGAGGAGUCUCAAGAGGCUGAUCCAGGCGCCUCGUUAAGGCACAUGAUGGAUAGGCUGAAGGGUCACAUGGAGGAGGAGGAGCUUGGAAUGGCGGAAGAGGCAGGUGAACGAGGCGACAAGCUGACGCGGGACAUUCACUUCUACCAUUACGUUCUCUCGAAAGAACUUCGACAGCUGAUGAAGGAUGUCGAUGCGUCUCCUCCAAGGCAGUACAGUUACUCUGAGUGGUCAUACUACCUUCGCUUGCUUGGUCAAGACGAGCGCGACGCCUCAGGCCAUCGCCGAGCUCGCGUUCACCACAAGCACGGCAACCACUCGUCACCCGACCUUGGAACAGCAGACGACGGUGACGAUCAAACAUGGAGUUGGUUGGGCAUUCGUAGUCCGCUCAUGGGCAAUUCGAGCGAGGCACAGUGGCUGUUGCGAAGGCUCUCCGCUAGACUCGAGAUGGAGAUGCGAAAAAUGAGCUCCCCGGAUCCCAAGAAGAGGAAAGCCCCACCGCCGAUAUCGAUGGACGAACUCAAGCAUGUCGAGAAAGACGCGGGGGCGAACGGCAGUAGUGGCGAGUCAUCGAGCAGAACGUUUGAUCCUGCGGAGGCCCGAAGGCGAGGACGCAAGGGUGUUGAUCCGUGAAGUAAACAAACGCACUGGAUUCACAUCAACUGCGAGAAAACAGACAACUACCAUAUAACAAGCCUUCUAAGUUGUGAGAAUCAUGCCUCCCAAUCAGUACCAUGAGCGACCAUGUCAUCACCACCACACAACAACAAAGAGCUGCCAGUGAUAUGGCUCGCUCCCCCAGCCGCCCUCUCCCCCUCAGCUCACCCCAUCGCAACCCAACCCCUCCCCAUAGCCAUAAGCGCAACCCUCGCAACCCUCAUAAUCGUCACUCUCAUCGUAUUGUACA